AUGGCCCUUAUUAGAGCAGAUCCAGAGACCAGACUAUUAGCCUUCGGAUGCAACACCACUCCCUACAACAACGCUAAAGUCUUUGAGAAAAAUUUCAAAGCAGCUCUGGAAGCCGUGGUGGAAGAUGUCGUUUUAUCUGGAUUUGCUACAAAAAGUGUGGUGGAAGGAACAGAUCAGGCAGAUUCAGUAUAUGCACUGGCGCAGUGCAGAAAGGAUAAGUCCUCUGCUGAUUGCGCUAACUGCAUAAAUGUAGCAACGAAACAAAUUGCCAUCUGUAACAAUGUUAUCGGCGGCAGGGCAAUCUACGACGGAUGUUUUGUGCAUUUCGAGAGCUUUAAUUUUUAUAAUAUGUACACUGAUGAUGGAAAUAAACAGGUGUGCGGUGAUGCCAACACGACCACCGCCAAUUCAUUAUCGGCAUCUGCUCGAAAUUUGAUAAGCGAUCUUUGCACUGCAACUCCGCGAAUAAGAGAUUUUUUCGCUGCGCAGACGAGACAAGGGCCAUCUAAUACAACAAUCUAUGGACUUGCCUCGUGUAUGCGUUCCCUUCAAAGGGAUUCCUGUGAAAAGUGCCUGACUGUUGCCCAAGAAAACAUAAAUAAGUGUUUUCCUCUCUCCGAGGGACGGGCUGUGGACGCCGGCUGCUACUUGCGAUACGAUACCAAACCUUUUUUUCCAAGCAAUGUGACUAUAGAUUUCUCACCGAGAGGGAAGAAGGCGAGAUCUACAGUUUCGAUAAUAAUUGGUGUUGUGGGAGGGGUAUUCAUACUUGGCCUUAUAACUUGUCUCCUUUUCUUCCGGAAGAAGAUAAUGCGCUCAAGCCUGAAACGAGCGGAUAUUGAAGGAGCAACGGAACUCCGUGGGCCAGAAGAUUUUGACUUCAAGAUACUGAAAAAGGCAACUAACGAUUUUGAUCAAGCAAAUAAGCUUGGAGAAGGAGGGUUUGGUGAAGUAUUUAAGGGUACGUUGAAAAGUGGCAAAGUUGUGGCUGUUAAGAAGCUGACAUUAGGUCACUCUGCCCGUGCAAUUUCUGAAUUCGAAAGCGAAGUGAGACUCAUUUCCAAUGUUCAUCACAGAAAUCUUGUGCGUUUAGUCGGAUGUUGCAGACAAGGCCAAGAAAGGCUCCUGAUUUAUGAGUACAUGCCCAAUACCAGCCUUGACAGAAUAUUAUUUGGAAAAAAUAAAAGACUUCUGAGUUGGAAGGAAAGGUUCAACAUUAUCCUGGGCACUGCUCGUGGUCUGGCCUAUCUCCAUGAGGAAUUCCAUGUCUGUAUCAUCCAUCGUGAUAUUAAAUCAAGCAAUAUAUUACUUGACAACAACUUUCAGGCGAAAAUAGCAGAUUUUGGGCUGGCAAGACUUCUUCCAAAUGAUAAAACUCAUGUUAGCACAAGAUUUGCAGGAACACUAGGAUACACAGCUCCUGAAUACGCUAACCGUGGGCAAUUAACAGAGAAAGCUGACACCUAUAGCUUUGGUGUGGUGGUUCUUGAAAUUGUCAGUGGUAGAAAAACCAUUGACUUGAAGCAACCACCUCAUAUGCAGUAUCUUCUUCAAUGGGUUUGGAGCCUAUACGAAGAUAACAAGGUUUUAGAGGUGGUAGAAUGUGAAAAGGAGAUGGAAGGGUAUAGCGAAGAAGAGGUUUUAAGGGUGAUAAACCUUGCGCUUCUAUGCAUACAAGCUUCCAUCAGACAAAGACCAUCAAUGUCUGAGGUUGUGACAAUACUGUUAUCUAACGAUGAGAUUGAAUUUCAAAAACUUCUACAACCAUCAUUUGUAGACAUGGGUAACAAAGCAAAUGGACAAUGUUCCAAUUCUGGCACAUCUUCAUCUCAAUCUAAUGCAACGAUUACAGAAUCCCUUAAUGCUCUUUAAGAGUCAUUAUUUCUCUUGUUCAUGGAAACAUGGAGAGAAGCAAAGAAGGUUGGAUUGUUAAUUUC